GUUUGCCGCAUAUAAAAAAGGACACUUGGAUCUGACAGGCUACAUUAGCUCCCAGGAGCCACAGCGGAAAAAAUUGGCAGCACCAAAGAUGGAGAGCUGUUUCUGGACAGUCCUGCUUGUGGCUGGGGCCGUUGCAACAACUGCCACAUUGCCCCCUCUUCAAAACCUGCUGAGCUACGAAGAGGCUUUGGUGCACGCUGUCAACCUGUAUAACCAAAAAGCAGGUGAAAACGUCACAUUUCAGCUUCUUGAAGCUGCCCCAAAGCCUGACUGGGAUGCAAAUUCUGGAAGUGCCCAAGAGCUGAACUUCACCAUUAAAGAGAUGGAGUGCCUGGCAGAGGAGGAACACCCUGCAGAGGAAUGCAACUUCAGAGACGAUGGGCUGGUCAAAGAAUGCUCUGGUUUUUAUUUCAUGGAUGAGAAUCCACCUGUGGCAUUCAUCACCUGUGAAGGAGCAGAGGACCAGCCUCAGCCAAGACGCGUGAAGCGGUCGUGGCUCAAGAAGGUCCUGAAGAAAGGCAAGAAAAGUCUCAGCAAGUUCUUCAAGAAGAAGGGAAUCAUGGUGGGAGGAACCAUUCGCUAUCUGGAGAAAAUGGAGAGCUACAAGGCAGUUCUGCUGGUCAUCGGGGUGGUCACGGCAGCCCCCUCGGCACCCACUCCGCUCAGCUACGAGCAGGUGAUUGCCUCUGCCGUGGACACCUACAACCAGGAGCAAAAGCCAGAGUUUGCCUUCCGGCUGCUGGAAGCUGAACCCCAGGAAGAUUGGGAUGCUUCUAGUGAAACCAUCCAGCCACUGAAAUUCUCCAUCAAAGAGACCAUUUGCCGUUCAACAGAGAAGACUGAUGUCUCCCAGUGCGAAUACAAACAGGAUGGGGUCGACAGGGACUGCUCUGGCUUCUACUCUGCUCAGCAAACUCCACCCAUAAUUAUUGUCCAGUGUGAGGAUGUGGAUCAAGAGCUGAAUCGAAUUACAAGAGGCCGCUGGAGAAAGUUCUGGAGAAAAACUAAAUCGUUUGUGAAGAAACAUGGGGUCAGCAUUGCUUUAGCUGCAGUCCGUUUUGGAUAGAGAGCUCCAGAGAAA